AUGGCAUCCUCAAGUGGCGCUUUCAAAUCGAGGGAGGCGUGGAAAGCAGCCAAGGAGCUUGAGGAGGCUCGCAAAGCUGGGACCGCCCCACCCGCCAUCGACGACGAUGGGAAAAUCAUCAACCCUCACAUACCGGAGUACAUAGCUCAGGCUCCGUGGUAUAUAGACCAAGAAACACCCUCACUGAAGCACCAGCGAAAUCAGAAAGCGCUCAAGAGAAAUUUUGACCCCCUUGGCAAAUGGCUCCCACGUGGGGAGACUGUAGGGCCCGCCGCGACAAAAUACAGGAAGGGUGCAUGUGAAAAUUGUGGUGCGAUGACACACAAGAAGAAAAAUUGUCUCGAAAGGCCGCGACGGAGAGGUGCAAAGCUUACUGGGCGCAACAUUCGCCCGGACGAGGCCAUUGCCUCAGUUAACCUUGAUUUUGCAGGAAAGAGGGAUCGAUGGAAUGGAUAUGAUGAAAGUACUGAGUACGAUAAGGUCUUAGAGAGGUAUGAAAAGAUCGAAGCUGAGAGGCGGGCUCUGAAGGUGCAGAAGCUGGAUGCGGAAUUGCGCAAUCGCUCAAAAAAGCAAAGACCUGGGAAAGGAAAUUCAGAUGAACUCUCUGAUGGGGACGAUUCAGACGACUCUGAUUCAGAUAUGGAAAAAGAUGGUGCUGUGGAGCAGGAUGCUGGUCAGGGCUCGAAAAUGGUUGUACGCAACUUGCGAAUCCGCGAAGACACCGCGAAGUACCUGAUCAACUUGAAUACAGACUCGGCCUACUACGACCCCAAGUCAAGGGCGAUGCGGGCAGAUCCUAACCCGGAUAUUAACUCCGAUGACAAGGACUACGCAGGUGACAAUUUUGUGCGAUACUCUGGGGAUGUAACAAAACUUGCUCAAAUGGAGUCGCACACGCUGAAGGCAGCAGAAGCAGGGAGAAAUCUGCCGCACCUUCAAGCGGAGCCCUCUAGAGCAGAAGCUCUUUUCAAAGACUUUGAGGCCAAGAAGAAGGGGCUCGACAAACGGCGUCAAGAUGAAAUUCGGGAGAAAUACGGCGGCCAGGAGUACGCGAAGCUAGAUCCCGGAAUUGAGGGCGUCCAACAAACUGAAGCUUAUGUUGAGUUCAGCAGCGAUGGAAGGGCUCUGAAAGGAGCCAGGGAGAUAAUACCAGUGAGCAAGUAUCCAGAGGACAUUCUUGAAAAGAAUCAUAAUGCAAUAUGGGGCAGUUUCUACAAAGAUGGAAACUGGGGCUACGGCUGCUGUCACUCCACGCAAAGGAACUGCUAUUGCACCGGUGACGCUGGAAAGCAGGCUGCAUUGGCCACUGAAGCAGACAUGGCGAAGAGAACAGAAGCAGCGAUAGCAAAAAGGAACCCAGAGCCGCUUACGAAGCAAUGGGAAAAGCUCGAGAGGGAAAGGCAAGAGAAUGCAUUACCAGAGGAAGAAGCCUUAGAGAAGGAAAAGGAGCACCAAAAUGAAGUUGCGAAGCAAAUCCGCAAACAAGCGCAUGAGGAGCGCAUGAUGGCAGAGCUUGACACGGCGAGGGGGAAGCACUCAAGAAUAGGAGCAGAUGACCCAGGGGGAAUGUCCAAAGCAGCGAAGGAAGCAUAUCAGUUGCGAAAACAGAUGAGAGAUGACCCCAUGGCUUCGUACAUACCGGAGAAAGGAACUUGA